AUGGUAAAGAAGAAGAAGAAGAAGAAGCCACAGAAGAAAUCUGCCUAUUCCGACGAUGACGCCACCGAAACCAGGCCGACGAAAUCGCUCCUGGCCAUCACCGGCGGCGGCGAGGCGCCGGACUCCGGUAACCGGAAGAAUUGCCACCAGGUGAGUGAAGUUUUGCUCCGCUGCUUCCCCCUCCAUCGCCAUUUUUCUCUGAUCUCUUCCUUCCGGAGGAUCAUCGCAGUGCCGGCAGAAGACCAUGGCCUUCUCGGCCUCCUGCAAGGCCACCCGCCGCGGGAAGCCCUGCCCCCACCAUUUCUGCCAAAGAUGCUUGAGGAACAGGUACGGGGAGAACGCAGCGGCGGUGGCGGUCAUGGCCGACUGGAGCUGCCCCAAGUGCCGGGGCAUCUGCAAUUGCAGCUUCUGCAUGUGAGGAUUCCAAACCCUAAUUUCUCCCGCCAUCUCGCCCUUCUGGACUUCUAAUUCCCUUCCACCUCGUCCUCGCUGGCCGCCGUCCAGGAGGAAGAAGGGGCGGCCGCCGACCGGCAUCCUUUUCCCCAUCGCCAGAUCCAGCGGAUACUCCUCUGUGUCGGAGAUGCUGCUUCAUGGAGGAGGAGUAGGAGAUGGGGAAGUGGAGGCGGCGGCGGCGCCACCGGGAGACGGCGGUGGGGUUCAGAUCGGGGGAUGCUCCGCCGCUGCGGGGUCUUCUCCGGAGGAACCUAUCGACGUGGACGAGGAGCAGGAGCUUUUGAGACGGAGGAAGAUGGAAAGGGACAGAGAGAUCGAGGUGCUCAAGGAGGAGAUCGCGGCGCUGGAGGCGGCGCUGGAGGCGGUGGAACCCGGCGGCGGGGCCGCCUAG